ACAGGCUGUACGGUUUUAACUGGAAUUACGCGCUCAUUAUGGUCGAUGAAUUUCCCCGAACAACGUGGUUCAAGAACCCGGAGUAUGUCAGUGAAGACAGCUACCGCAGCGACCGAGUAUCAAAUUCAAGCGCCGAGCAGUGUUCUUUCAAACGGUUCUAAAAUCAUGUGCAAAUUUCUAUUACAGUGUCUUUUAAUGACCCGAGUCUUACACUCAGUGAUCGGUUUACCUACUCAGGGUUACAUCGAUCGGUACCGAUUGGAAACUUACGAGAGUUCAUCCGGAGAACUGAACGACACUAAUCUCUUCGACGAUCUGACUUUCCGAUUCACCUGCGAGGGAAAGCCGAUCGGUCUAUACGCAGAUCCGAAUUUCGAUUGCCGAAUAUUUCACGCCUGCGACGAUUCGGGAAAAGGUUUCCCUAUCAUUUGCCCCAACGGCACUCUGUUCGAUCAACGAGGACGGAUCUGCACCGACGAGGAGAUCGACUGCGAACACGCGAACGAGUGGUUUUAUUUAAACGAGCUACCCUUGUCCGUGGAGGAAGAAGAUGCUACGGAAGCAGGAGUCGAGCAAAGAGAAAUCCCGUCGGUGCUGCCUCUCAAUAAUUAA